AUGAAGAAAGUCAUUCGCUAUCUCCAAGACCAAGCAUUGGAAGCUUCGCAACAAAAGUACUCGGGCGCAGCGUAUCUUUCUCCGAAGACCAAAGAACCUCAACAGCGGGUCAAACACCACAGCCCAACGCAUUAUAAGGAGCAGCACACUUCUUACCAUCAAUCGCGGUCUGCUCAUCCCAGCCUGGCGGCGCACAGUUUCCCCAUCCACACGGCAGCCGGGACUGAACUUCCAAGAUCCAGCGGACAAGAGGAGCGCCUGCCGCCGCACAUCUCGGAGAAGAUCCACCAUGACAUUACGCGGCAUCAAUACGCGCUAGACAACAUCCUUCAGUCCUACGAGUUGUAUGUUCCGGAACUCGACCAUUCGCACCUUGCCGAUCCCAGCGGGAAGAAGUACUGGAUUGUUUUCGUCCAUGGUGGAUACUUUCGUGAUCCGACGGUCACGUCUUCAUCUUUCUACCCAGCUCUCGACCAUUUAGUAUCUGGGAAGACGGAUCACCACCAUAACCCUUUCAAACAUGACGAGCAUGUGCCAGCUGUUACGCCUUACGUUGCGGGAUAUGCGUUGUUGAACUACCGUCUCUCACCUCAUCCGGACAAGUCGCCUCAAGAUCCUUCCAAAACACCGGCGUACGAACUCCGCAACGCCAAAUGGCCAGACCAUAUCCACGACAUACUCACUGCCAUAGCACACCUACAGACCAAAUUUGGCUUUGGAGAGCGGUAUCUGCUCGUUGGACACAGUGUGGGCGCCACAAUGGCCGUGCUGAGUACCAUUGCGGCACAACGAUCAUUUUCACACGCAGGUCCAUCUAAAUUGCCAAAGAUCGAACCACCUAUGGCUGUGCUCGGUGUUUCCGGGAUUUAUGAUUUUCCGCUACUUCAUGAAUCAUUCACCGACUAUAUCGGGUUGACAAGGAAUGCCAUACCCAAUGAGGCUGACGAUGUGCUCGCCAGCCCGGCGAGGUAUGAUGUGAACGACUAUGUCGACAUCUGGGCGGCUGCUGGCAAGAAGAAAAGAGCAUUGGUCAUUGGGCAUUCAAAGGACGAUGGGUGGGUGGAUUGGAAGCAGGUCGAGGCAAUGGAGAAGGUCUUUGGUGGUGGAUCAGCGAUCAAUUGCAAGGUUUCCGAACUGAAAGGGCAACAUAAUGAUAUCUGGGAGAAAGGGACGGAGUUGGCCAGGGCCAUUGCUCAAGCGGUGGACAUAAUGAGGGGUUUGGACGGUGAUGGGCAUGGCCACUAA